GGGCGUGCGUAAUGUAUCUACAAGAGAGCCGAGAGGAGAAGGAAAAAAGGAGAAGGGCGUUUUGACUUGAUCCGUGUCUGGAGCACUGAAGCCCCCAAUGCGUGCAGAGAGCAGGCGCUGCGUGCGUAAAGACCCGCAGACGCAGAAAAUAAACUGGAAAUAUUACUUUGGCACGGCAAGUUUAUGAGCCAUUUACGUGUCUGGACCUGCUAGACCGCUCAAACCUGUAGUUUCAUUAGGAGGUGAUCUACGUCGAGCUGCUGAUCACGAAAAGCAAAAGUGAGCAUUUGGGCUUCUUGGUUGCUUUUGAGGAAGACAUGGCCAAAUUAUUCCGAGCUGCUAUCAUGGGUCCGCCGGGAUCGGGGAAAGGAACGAUAUCCAAGAGGAUUGCGCAAAGCUUCGGCCUACUCUAUCUUUCUAGUGGCCACUAUUUGCGAGAGAGUAUAACGGCAAAAACAGACGCAGGUGUGCUGGUGAAGUCCUUUGUGGAAAGAAGCAUGCUGGUGCCUGACCAUGUGAUGACCAGACUGAUGCUGCCCAGACUGGAGGAGCUGAGUGGCCACAGCUGGCUGCUGGACGGUUUCCCUCGGACGCUGGCGCAGGCACGGGAGUUGAAUAACUUGUGCCAGUUGGACUUGGUCAUCAGCCUCAACAUACCCUACGAGACGCUGAGAGAGAGACUGAGUGACCGCUGGAUCCACCUGGGCAGCGGUAGAGUCUACAACAUGGGCUUCAACCCGCCACGAGUGCAGGGUAAGGACGACAUCACUGGGGAGCCACUGAUUCAACACGACGAUGACAAACCAGAAGCCCUGAUGGCCAGACUGAGACACUACAAAGAUGUAGCCAAGCCUGUCAUAGACUUAUACAAGUCACAGGGAAUCCUGCACUCGUUUUCCGGCACAGAGACGGACCGGAUUUGGCCUUACAUCAACUCUCUCCUCAGCACCAAGAUGCACACACAGCCGCCGGACACCUGCCAACCCCAGACGCCCUGACAGCGCUCUGGAACAAAAGACCACAGGGAAACAUCAGGAGGCCAUUACAGGAAGUGAGCGGAUGUUUGUACGUGCUGGCCUCGGUGUCAGGUUUCAACCCAUUACAACAUUAAUGUUGGGGUUUAGAGAAAUAAAUGGACCGGGACGCUGAUCAAAACUGUAGCCAGCCGACAUGUCUGAGAUUCAAUCACAAGUGUUUGAAUAAUGGUUCAACAUUAUUGUAGUGAAACGUCAGAAUUCUUUUAUACGAUAUAUAAACUAAUCACUUCUUUAAAUUGAUUUGACACAAACACCAAUCAAGCAGCAAAUCUUCACACCUUUAUUUUUUAUUGUGAAACGCUGAAUAUAAAUCUCAACCACAGAAAGCCGAUCGUGAGAUCAGGCUGAAUACAGACAAAAAUAUCAUUUUGCAGUGAAACCCUUAAAUUACUUUCUGAAACUGAUGAGUUUUUUUUUAUUUUUUACUUAACAUACCUAACAAAAUUAUUCUUAUAAAGUUCAUUCUAUGCAUAGCUUUAAGUUGCAGGUUCAUUGAGAGCAAUACUAAGAGAGUUUUGUUUUAUAUAUAUAUAUAUAUAUAUAAACAAAAUCAAUAUUUUAUCCUCAGAAGACUGACACUUUGAGUCUGUGAGCUGUAUAUGAGGCCUCCACGUCAGCUGUUACAUAUGCAAAUCUAUCCAACAGAAGCAAUUUCUCAUUCCUUGGCUUUGUGAGUUCAGGGUUUCUAGAUGAGCCCAUCAUUUAUGUAAACAAUGCACUGUGUAAACCGCUAUUCUUUGCUUUUUGUGCUGGAACGCUGCAGAGUCGGAUGCAGUCAUGCUCGGGCUGGUGCGGCUGAGAUGAAGACAAAUGCAUACAAUACAGAGUGCCUUCAUUGUUGUUACAUUCCUUUAAACUGCUGGAUUAGUAAGAAAUAAGUCAUUUUUAUGAUAAAGAGAAGGUUAUAUAUGUAAAGAUCUUGCUUUUCAGAUUUGUAAAAUGACCAGCUUUUCCAGCUUUUUAUUUCACCAUCCUCCCUUCACCAAGCUCCUGAUCCAUUCAUUCAAAGUAAAAAAUCCUCAUAUUAGACAAAAUGCACUAAUAAAGCACAAAAUGCACUAGUCACAAAAACGCACAAUUAAAACCAAUUCUAUCAAUGUUCAUCCUGCAGUUUCAAAGGUUUUUUGUAAAUUGAAUCACUUAAAUUAAUUUUGAAUUUAAAAAACAACAACACACACUAAUCCAGGGCGUCAACAAACAAUGACAUGCAAAAAUAAUGCCUUUCAAAAAAAGUUUAAAAAGUAGAAAUAUGUCUAGCUUCAUUCAUAUUUCACUUGAUAUUUGUGUUAUCAAGUUUUUCUGAUGAUGAUUUUUAUGUUUGUUUGAUAUUAUUUUCCGUACGUGUGGUCUGAGGAUUGUGGGUGUUGUAUGUUUUACAGAUUGUAAAGGCAUUCGAGACAAGUUUUGUGUUGACCUGACUGAAGAUGACCAAACUUAAAUUAUGCCUGUGCAUAUCACCGUGGUGUCUUCAGCAGCAAGUGUCUGUAGAUAAUCAUUCGAUGAGUGUGUGUGAAGAGGGUGUCGAGCGCGUGACCACACCCCACAGCUGUUGUGUAACUCCACAGUUGAUUUUUCCCUUCACUUUUUCAAUCCUGCUGUCCCAACAUGUCACAGUCCAAGAACAAUUAAAGUAUUUUCUCAUGGC